ACUUUAGAAAAACUCUAUUUUCUAUUAGUACAUCUAUAAAGUGAAUGAUUGAGUGGAUGAAUUUAUUCACGUAAAGUGAAACACCAUCCUUCCUGAAUCUGCUGAUUUCAAAAUGCAUCUUUAUUGCGGCUAAUAGUUGUUUCCUGUACAAACGUGUCGAGAACGAGAAAAAAUGCUUUCAAUUUUUUUUCACGUUUUGCGUUAAAAAUCGAAGUUGUGGGGAUCGACGUGGGGGGGGGGGCGCGGGCCCACCAAAAAAAAGAAAAUGUAAUAGAUAGUAUAAAAGAAAAAAUAAAAUAAAAUUCAAAGAUAAACACAGGAUGGUUCAAAAGUUAAUUUGCCAAGAUAAGCAAGAAUAAAUUCUAAAAAAUUCACUAAAAUAAAAAAUACUCCUAUGGAAAAUCGACUAUUUUUUCGAUUUUAAAUCGAUAAAAUGAAAUUUGAUCCUCCCACUCCAAAAAUCCUGGCUACGUCACUGAUUUAGCGUUGACACUCUACAGCAUUAUUCAUCACAUAUGAUAUCAAACACAUUUUUCUUGCUCAUUACUAUAGAUACAGUGUUGAUAGAAACGAAUUGACCUUUCGUGAACUUUCAACCACUUAUCUGUCAACCUUACGAUACUCUAAAAUUAGAUUUUUAUCAUGGUUUUAAAUCAAGUUCUUUCUUGACUAACUCGUUGUUGUCAUUAUUUCAUAGAAUAUAAUGUAUAUGUUUCAAUAGUACAAGAAAUCAUACUCAUUACUAUUAUAUUUUAAAUAAUUGUUUCGUCUAGUAAUAAACGUGUUGGUUAUAUUUCUGUUUCGGUCAAUGAUUAAUUUGUGCAAAAGUGUGUAUGAUUUGAUUAUGGCAAGUGAAAGUAUCCAUCACAUAUAAAAUAUUCAUUCAUAAUCGUAUUAUUAACUCUAUCUAUAUUUAUAAUACGCCUAAUGAUCCUAUGUUGAAAGCUAAAGGGUGAAUAUAUAUAUAUAUAUAUAUACAUGUCUAAAGACAAAUUAAUAAAUGAUAACAGCAAUAGAGAAUUGCUAUCAUUGUAUGUGUGUAUUAUUCUAUUUCUCAACAUCAAUAAGUCAACUUAUGAAUACAAAUAGAAUGUGUUGAUAUUCAAUGAAAAGAAAAGUGUUGUAGUUUUAUCUAAAUAAAUAAUGAGAAUUGAUUAUAUAUAUCGUAAAUAAUACGAGCUAGUACAGUUAGAGAGACACCCGAAGUAUGGUAUAUACUCAUAGUAGAUAAUAGUGUAAGUAGAAAAGCGUGCAGUUUUACAUUCAAAUCAAUUCUAUGAAUUUUUAAUCACCGAAAAGUAUCUAAAAUGUCGUUUCACUUGUAUAAAGUAGAUCAAAACGAAAGAUCCUAUAUAUUUAUGAGUUCAAAAAAAGAAAAAAGAUCGUACAGUAUUGAAUUUUCUCAUCCAACCUCUAUUUUAAAUGAAACUUGAACAAUUUAAAUUUGCUUGUGUCUAAUUCAUCACAUUUUUUUGUCAGAAAUAUCCCCGUAACAUAUAUUAUUAUUAUUAUUAUUAUUAUUACUUGUUUCAAAGGUUCAAAAAUCUGGUAUACUUCGUCGAACAAUUGAUUAUAUUCGUCAAUUAGAAUCAACAAAUCGACGUUUAGAAGAAGAAAAUUCAACAUUAAAAACAAUUUUGAAACGAUUAAAUUUGACAAAUGGUGAUUUUACAGCAAAAAUUUCAGUUGUAUCUCCUUCUGACAAUCAUUCAAAUGAAGCAACAGUUCAACAAAAUCCUACACCACCACCAUCAUCUAGUUGUGAUUCGGCUGAUUCAUCGUCAUCAACAAUUAAUUCAGGUAGUGAAGAUAGUGAAAUAUUUAGUCCGGCACCCAAACGUCAAAAACGUCGUGGCAUGGUUAAUGGUUCCCGAUUAGUCUUCUGUUGUUUUAUGCUUUGUAUACUUAUAACAAAUCCAUUUAGUUAUUUACUCAAUAGUUUACAAUCAUCAUCUAGUAAUAUAAAUGAUGAAAAUUUAGUUGGAUCACAUAUUGUACCAAGAACACUUCAAGAAAUUAGUGGAGAAGAUGGUUCAUCUGAUCUUCUUAUAUCAUCCUGGCGUACAAUCGUUGCAUGGAUUUUAAACAUAGCAGUUGUUUUAUGUUGUCUAAUCAAAUUAUUUGUGCAUGGUGAACCAAUUAUUCCAACAUCAGAACUAAAUGAAUAUUAUGCAAGAAAAAAGAAAGCUGAUCAUUAUAUGGCAGAGAAUCAACUAUAUGCUGCACGUCAAUGUUAUCUUCAAUGUUGUCAGACAUUAUAUCAUCCUAUUGAUAAUCAUUUAUUAGAUUAUUUAUCUUCUAUUACAUGGCAAAUGACUCGUUUUAUGGUAAAUCAAUUAUUUGUUGGUCGUUGGUUAACAUUUUGGUCUGGUUGGUCAAAAUCUAUAGAUACACGAGAUUGUAAUCGUGAAUUAGCUCUAUGUUAUUAUCAAUUAUUGAAAAUUGAAUUUAUGUUAAAUGAUCAACCACAUAAACAUUUAUGUCUAUUUAAUCUUAUGUUAUGUUUAUUGAAUACAUCAUUUAGUGCUGGAAAAAAAUUAGAAAUAACUAUUCGUAUUGAAAUAUAUUUAUUUUCUAUAUUAAUAAUAAAAUAUUUAUUUGAAAAAUUAUCAUUACCAUUAAUUCAUAUUGGUAUGAAACGAAAUCAAUAUUGGGUUUAUUUAUCAAAAAAUGAUGAUUAUACUUGGUUAUUAGAUUCUGAUAAUGUAUUAGAGUUUAUAACAAUAACAAAUAAUGAAAAUAAAUAUUCAUUUAGUUCUUCAAUCGAAAGAGGAAAAUAUAAAUAUUUAAAUAAUCAAAUGAUAAGAUGGAUUCAUGAUAAAUAUAAUGAUUAUGUUUUACAUGAAAAUGUUAUGAAAUUAUUAUUAAAAGAUGGUACAGGACAAACAAUGACAAUAUUUGAUAAAAAAGAAUUUAAAAAUAUAACACAAUUACAAUGGUGGCAACAUAUUAUAGAAUUAAUUAAAUGUGUUCGAGGUGAAUAUGAUAUAAAUGAAUUAGUAUCAACAGAUCAUAUAAGAUACAAUAGAAGUAUUCAAUAUACAAUAAAAAAUAAAAUAACAAUUUAUGAUUUUGUUAGUUCAAAAAAUAUAAUUGAUGAAAAAUUUAUUUCAAUUGGAGAAUGUUUACAUGAUAUUCUGUUGAUGUUAAAUGAUACCGAACAGCCAAAUAUAACAUAUUUAUUUCAAAAACUUGCUCGUAUUAGUAAAAUGGUAACAGACGAUAUUUAUAAUGAUAAUGAAUUAAAUUUGAGUUGUAUGGCAUUAUUUAUUGACGCUAGUUUAUCCAUACGUUUACGAUUAUUGAGUGCAGGAGAAACAACAUCAUCAACAUCCGUAUAUUUGGAAGAUUUUCAAAAUGAAUUAAAUAUUUAUAAACAUUGCACUGAAACAAUGAAUUUAUCAAAACAACGGUUGUAUUUAUUCGAGUCCAUAUUUCGUGUUCAAUCCGGGUUAAAUCCAUUUGCGAGUCAAACAUUACUUGAACGUUCAUUAAACUUGAAUUCAAAAGAAAAAUAUGAAGAUUCUUCAUCAUUAACAAAUGUCGAUGUCAUAUCAGCAUUAUUAUUAUUUUGUCGUAUAUUACCAUCAGCAGCAUUUCGUUAUCGAUUUAUAUUGCAGCAAGCAUCAGCAACAUUUAAUAAACAUGUUUCAAAUGAUCAACGUCGACUUUUUCAACAAUGUCAAAUUAUACUUCGUCAGCCAUAUUUUACUUU